GACAUUGCCUGUUUGGGGCAGAUAGUGGAAAAUUGCCCCAGGAAUGGCUGCUUUCCGGGAGAUCUGCCCUGAAUCUCGGAUAUUGUGGGAGUCCGGCAAUCACUCUGAAACUUGGGAUGAUGAAGAUGAAGAUGAAGAUUGGUCUCAUCAGAAAAGUUAUGAUGAAGGCUCAAGGUCUCCUAAUAAUUAUCUGAAUAUUAACCAAAUCUCCGAGGUGCCAUUACCCUCCAAUACGGCCCCGUGGGAUCACACCUGUGCAGACAAUAAUCCACCGGACAACUGCCCCACCAACCACACCAUCAGGACACUACACCAUCCCUCGUUCGAGGCUUACUACGCUGCUGUAGCCAUAGUCCAGAACACAGAGUCCUCAUGGUUACAGCUGAGGAAGAAAGAAGGAUUCAGUAUUAACAAUGGAGAUUAUUUCUAUACGGACCCAUUACAAAAAGUAGGACAUCGAGUGUACAACUGCCUGUCACCAGCUACCCUGGAUAUUUUCAGCUGUUUCCGCCUUAAUACUCCUCCACCAAUCACAUGUCCCACUGUGUUUGUCUCACCCCAAAAUACGUCCCUUCCCCCCUUCAUUUCCACCAUGCAAUUAGCCCAGCAGCCCAUACUCCCCAGCCCAGCAGACUCCCAUCAGUGUCAGAUUGCCGUGAAGGAUCCGGAUUGCAACUCCUCCCACUCAGCCAGCCAUACUGCGCGGAGAGCCUGCGCUAUUCCCUCUGUAUGCACCUCUGACGAGGCGGACGCAGUGUUUGCUCUUUUACAUUUAUCUGACAAAUGCUGUCCAAUAGGGGGCCGGUAUUGA